AGUUAAAAUUGAAAAUGAAUCGGUGAAUUGAGUUUUUACAUAUACAAAUUACAAACACAAAUUGCAUUUUGAGCACGUGAUAACUUAAGACAGCGAGGUCGAAAAUAAAAACAAAAAUAAUUUUAAUUUUUCAUCAUAGAGUCAGAUAUUAGAGUUUGGGAAGAAACUCACACAGCUGCAACAACAAUCCUCAGCUGCUCAAUACCGUCAUAAUUACUGUGAAAAGGCCAAUCUUCAGUGUACAUCUUAUUGUUAUGGAAUUACAAUUGCGUCCGCUUCCAAAUUACUGCCUCCCGAAGUUCACCUCCGCGAAGUAUCUCAGGUGCCGGAAAAACAAGUUCGGUGUUGGGAUUCCGAAUAAAUCCUCAGCAAAUACCGGGAAAAUGCCGAGAUCUUCUGUGAUACUAAACGAUGCGAGCGAAAGUGGUGAUUUGGAGACCACGGUGGUGGUCGAGAAGCCUCUUGUUAAGCCUCGCCGUUUUGAGAUCCUCUCUGGCCUUCCGGCGCCCUUUGGCGCCACCGCGAGGGACGGCGGUGUCAAUUUCGCGGUUUUUUCGAGCAAUGCCUCGUCGGCAACCCUCUGCCUCAUAAGCCUUUCCGACUUGCCUGAGAAAAGAGUGACUGAGCAGAUUGCUCUAAAUCCGCUGACUAAUAAAACAGGAGACGUCUGGCAUAUAUUUCUGAAGGGAAAUUUUGAGGACAUGGUCUACGGCUUCAAGUUCGGUGGGAUCUUUUCCCCUGAGGAUGGGUUGUAUUUUGACUCCUCUAAAGUGUUGAUUGAUCCUUAUGCAAAGGCUGUUGUCAGCCGAGGGGAAUAUGGUGCUUUAGGACCUGAUGAAGACUGUUGGCCGCAGAUGGCGUGUAUAGUGCCUUCUACUAAUGACGAGUUUGACUGGGAGGGAGAUUUGCCCUUAAGGUUCCCACAAAGAGAUCUGGUUAUUUAUGAAAUGCAUGUCCGUGGAUUUACUAAGCAUGUGUCAAGUAAUGCGAAGUUCCCUGGCACUUACCUUGGGGUGGUAGAAAAACUUGAUUACUUAAAGAAUCUUGGUGUCAAUUGCAUUGAACUUAUGCCAUGUCAUGAAUUCAAUGAAUUGGAGUACUACAGCUAUAACUCUGUCUUGGGUGACUACAAGAUGAACUUUUGGGGGUACUCAACGAUUAAUUUCUUUUCACCAAUGGCAAGAUAUUCUUCUGCUGGUACUGCUAAUUAUGGCAUUGGUGCAGUACAUGAAUUUAAAUAUCUUGUUAGAGAAGCGCACAAACGAGGAAUUGAGGUUAUUAUGGAUGUUGUUUUCAACCACACGGCUGAAGGGAAUGAAAAUGGCCCUUUAGUAUCAUUUAGGGGUCUUGAUAAUAGUGGUGAGUACUACAAUUACUCAGGUUGUGGGAACACCUUCAACUGCAAUCAUCCCGUUGUACGGCAAUUUAUUGUGGACUGCCUGAGAUACUGGGUGAUAGAUAUGCAUGUUGAUGGCUUCCGCUUUGAUCUUGCUUCCAUCUUAACUAGGAGUAGCAGUCUCUGGGAUGCUGUAAAUACACAUGGAGGUUCAGUUGAAGGUGAGACAGUCACGACUGGAACCCCUCUCUUUAGUCCUCCAUUGAUUGACAUGAUCAGCAACGACCCCAUACUUAGUGGUGUAAAGCUUAUUGCUGAAGCAUGGGACUGUGGAGGGCUUUAUCAAGUUGGCAUGUUUCCUCAUUGGGGUAUAUGGUCAGAAUGGAAUGGGAAGGUAGGUGGAAGGAAACCUUGGAACAGUAUCAAUUUCGUCUGUGCUCAUGAUGGUUUUACUUUGGCUGAUUUAGUGACGUAUAACAACAAGCACAAUCUGGCUAAUGGUGAAGAUAACAAGGAUGGUGAGAAUCACAAUAAUAGUUGGAAUUGCGGCCAGGAGGGAGAAUUUGCAAGUCUUUCUGUGAAGAAAUUGAGACUACGCCAAAUGAGAAACUUUUACGUGUGUCUCAUGGUUUCCCAAGGCGUUCCAAUGAUCUAUAUGGGGGAUGAAUAUGGUCACACAAAAGGGGGAAACAACAAUACAUACUGCCAUGACAAUUAUAUUGACUCGGUGAAAGGGGAGUUGUAUAUAGCGUUCAACGCCAGUCAUGUGGCUGUCACGGUUGCAUUACCUGAACGGCUAGGCUACAGGUGGGAACCAUUAGUUGAUACGGGCAAACCAACACCAUUCGAUUUUCUCUCUAAUGACCUUCCUGAGAGGGAGACUGCCAUCAAACAAUAUGCUCAUUUUCUUGAUAACAAUUUGUACCCUAUGCUCAGCUAUUCUUCCAUUGUUCUUUUGCUUUCCCCAGACAACAAUAAUACAUAG